AUGAGCUCCCCUCCACAGUCAUCGAAACGUGUAUCUCAACGCCAGCCCAAGGCCUGUCAGGAAUGUACGCGACGUAAAACACGAUGCGACAAGGCUAUUCCCUGCGGGCGCUGCGUCCGUCUCUCCAAACCUUGCUCUCGCGAGGUUGUUCGUGUCAGCAAAAUUGAGAGAAACCAUCGGUCGGAACUCACAUUCCUACAUAAACUGUCUGAGAGCCUGAAGACGUCCGGAGACGUCGAAAGUGCCUUGGCCACUAUUCGUGAGCGCAGGUCACUGUUGCUACAGGGAGCUAGCCCCUCGACGAUCGACAACAGCCCGACAUCUUCGUCAGCACGCAUCGAGCAUGAUGGGCUGCCGCGUGAUGAAGUUUCCAGUAGUGCUAUUUCUCCGGAGGCAUUACCAGAGUCUAUGCAGCCACUUGGCGAGGGUACCUGGGAGCACGAUACUGACAUUACGCCAGAUUCUCCACUGACUCAGAGCAGAGAAUCCAGGAGACACCAACAUGCCGUUGACUUUCUGAGAAUCGAAUUGCUAGCCUGGGGCAGAAGUGGGGGAAGCUGCUUUCCUCAUAUCGACUGCCAAUGCCGCUCCGUGAGGCCAUACCCUGAGAUCGCCAGCAUCACAGCCAACCCCCAUUGGUCAGGGUACAGAUAUGUCCGACCUAACCUAGCCCUAAAGCCGAGUUCCCUAACAAAUGAACUGGCAAGAUCACUAGUAGGCUUUCAUUUGGGCAAUAUCCUUUGGCAUCACAAUGUGUUCCACGCUCCCACGUUCCUGUCGCAAUGUGAACACUUUUGGACAACUGGAACUGUCAUGCAUUCGCUUUGGCUUUCACUUUACUAUGCUGUGACUGCAGUCUCGGCAUGGACAGCUCUCAAUUGCGUUGGUUUAUGGACUGGCCCAACGUUUGAUCGUGAUCUGCCACUGCAGCUGUUUCGUGCCAUGGUCGACCAACUAUAUCAGGAAGACUUUGCCGAAAACCACUCAAUAUUUUCGAUACAGGCCAUCGUACUGUCCACACGCGUGGCACAUAAUCUUGGCCGCAGCGACUGGAAUGCUACGCUUCUUGGAGCUGCCAUACGUAUGGCGCAUUGCAUGGGCCUUCACAACAUACGAAAUACAACCGAGAACCCUUCAGCUGCCACGGCAGAAGGUUGGUUUCAAUGCAUCGAGACAGAGGUUGGCCGGCGAUGCUGGAAUCAACUCGUCAUCCAAGACUAUUUCCAGGUUCCAUUUACAGAAACCUACGCUAUUAAUCCAUCUCAAUUCACCACAGAGCUACCAAUAAAUUGCCACGACGAAGACAUGAUCUUCCAGAAUGACACAGCGUUGACCAUCAAUAGCUAUCCACGGGUAUUGGUUCGGAUGGCCCUACUUAUGCCACAACUUCUUGACUCUCUAAGUUCCACUCUGCCUCGGCGUUCUUUGGCUGAGACCUAUAAACUCGUCGCAUCCAGCUACUCUGCACUCCGUGAUAUUGUACGGCAUCUGCCACCAUACUUCACGCAGACCCCUCCGCCAGAAAGUGGCACUGGCGAAUACAUGCCCGCAUGGCUGCCUUUUGCUAGACGUAGUCUCGCUCUAAGCGCCGCUGACAAGGUCAUGAUUCACCGUCCGGUUCUAUAUCAUGCUUUCCAAGUGCCAGCACUAACAAAGGCCCGAAAGUCAUGCGUGGCAGCGGCGAAGACGAUAUUCAAGGAAUACGAGUCUAUUUCACAAGAGGGGGUUAUUCCAAUUUGGACACACUCGGCAUUCUGCGUCACGGCUACCAUCGUCAUUGGGUUGGAGCUGUUAUUCCGCGAAGCUCACACAGACGACGAGGCGAGCUCUUUGCGCUCCAUUAUGAACCGUACCGCUCAAAGUCUCCGGAGCAGAAAAAGUGAUAUCAUCGCCGCUCGGUGUGCUGCUUUGAUAGAAACUAUCCUGCUGGUAGAAGAGGAACUCGUUGUCAGCCUUAUGCGCCUAUCCUUUGAUGGAAUCACAGCGCAACUGCCUUCGGCGCAGAUCGGUAUAAUAAACAGGAUGGUAGGAGGGAACGAAAUCAUGGCCAAGUUUCUGGCUUAUCGACCUAGCAAUAUUGACUUUGGCAGUGCGCAAAGUGAGUCAUGGUACACGGAUAACAACUUUGUGAUGGACCUUUUACAAGAAGACCAGUUUAUUACAAAUAUGGAUGAAAACGGGUUUAUUUACCCAAACGAUGGCGACUUUGCGUUUAUGUAUGCCACCUGA